AUGGAAGUCGACGCCCCGCUCUCCUUUGCGCCUGUGCCUAAGAACGCAGCCACCAUUCUCUGUGCCGACUGUGGCGCGCCCGUUGAUGGCACAAUCUCAGGCGCUUUCUGCUACGACUGUAUCAAACUGAAGACCGACGUCACCCAGAAUGUCCCGCGUGAGGCCAUUCUGCUCAUGUGCCGCGAUUGCGACCGCUGGCUCUCUCCACCUACGUCCUGGGUCGUCGCGCCCCCGGAGUCGCGCGAACUGCUCGCUCUUUGCCUGAAGAAACUGCGCGGCCUGAACAAGCUGAGGAUUAUCGACGCGAGCUUCAUCUGGACGGAGCCCCACAGCAGGAGGAUAAAGGUCAAGAUCACAGUGCAGUCCGAGGUCAGCGAGGGGACCAUCAUGCAGCAGAGCUUCGAAGUCGAGUACACACAGAACUACCAGCAGUGCCCAGACUGCGCCAAGAGUUACACACACAACACAUGGAGGGCGUGCGUGCAGGUGCGCCAGAAGGUCCCACACAAGAGGACCUUCCUGUACCUGGAGCAGCUGAUCCUCAAGCACGGCGCGCACAAGGACACAAUCAACAUCAAGGAAGUCCACGACGGAAUCGAUUUCUUCUUCGCCCAGCGGAAUCAUGCACAGGCCUUCAACGACUUCCUCAAGGCCGUCGUGCCCGUCAACAUCAAGGACUCGCAGGAACUCAUCUCCCACGACAUCCACACAUCGACCAAGAACUACAAGUUCUCGUACUCUGCAGAAAUCGUGCCCAUUUGCAAAGACGACCUCGUGGUUCUCCCAGUUCCCCUUGCAAAGAAGAUCGGCAACAUCUCCCCCCUCACCCUCUGCACCCGUAUCGGCACCUCCAUCCAGCUCCUCGACCCAUCGACGCUCCAAACCGCCGACGUCGACACAAAGAUCUACUGGCGAAGCCCCUUCCGCCCGCUCGCCGACGUACAAGAGCUCACCGAGUUCAUCGUACUCGACAUCGAGCCCCUAGGCAAACAAGCAGGCCGACACUUCCUCGCCGAAGCAACCAUCGCGCGCGCCUCAGACAUGGGCGUAAACGACACAACCUACUAUUGCCGCACGCACCUAGGCGGGGUCCUCCACGUCGGCGACUCGGCCAUGGGCUACCUCCUCAGCAACACAAACUUCAACAGCGACCUCUUCGACGUGCUCGAGCAAAACAACAAAUACGCCUCCAAAAUCCCAGACGUCAUCCUCGUCAAGAAAUUCUACACCCGCGGAAAGAAGAAUAAGAAUAAGCGCAACUGGCGCCUCAAGCGCAUGGGCCAGGAACAGAGCGAGAUGCUGCCCCGCAAACAGGAUCAGGAUCGCAUGGAGAAGGACUUUGAAAUGUUCCUCCAGGAUGUUGAGGAGGAUCAGGAGCUUAGGCAGGGGCUGGCGCUGUAUAAGGCGCAGCAGGAGGCGGCGAAGGAGGCGGAGGCUAUGGAUACGGAUGGUGAGACGGAGGAUGGCGAGGAGGAUGGCGGGUUGGCUAUCCCUAUGGAGCAGCUGCUGGAUGACUUUGAGGACAUGAAUAUGGAGGGUUGA